AUGACUCGUGCAACAGAAAUACCCCCUCCAGAUUAUGUUGCUCGUCUUGUCUACAGGUCAAGGUUUGUAAGGUCAUCUGUUGGUUUAUCAAGUGGAAGGAAAUGGAAUUUUGCAAGUAGGUUUGUAAGGCUUGUAGAAUACAAGCUUAUAUUAGCUCUUAAUGAAUCAUGCUUUGUUGACAAAGCAACUUUUAAUGUGUCCCCCUAUCGUUGUUUCAUGUAUGCUCUUGCUCUGAAAUGCAGAAUUUGUUCUUUUACUGAACUGGUACUGUUACAAGAAUUUGUUCCCAUAUCAGUCGCAUGCAUAAACUUCUCUACCAAUCUUUGCAGCAAAAGGAAAGGUCAUAAUAGAAAAGUGUAUUCUUCCUUGCUUCGUCCAAUUACUAGCACGAAAUUAUCGAAUGUCAUCAAGAAGCAAGCCUGUCGAAUUGUUUCUAAUAUUGCUGCUGGCAGCAAGGAUGAGAUUCAGGCAGUAAUUGAUGCUGCUGUUAUUCACCAUGUUAUUGUCCUACUGAAGGCCCCGUGGUUAUCUGGCAUUCUAGUACUAUUCACAUGCAAUCUGGGUGAAUUUAAAUUCAUUAUUGUCUAUGUUCAUGAUGUUGGCCCAGGUGCUUUGCAAUGACUUUUCACUCUGACCACAUAUAUUUGGUGAGCCUGGGAUUUCUGGAGCCACUCUGCAAUGUCCUCAAAUACCAAGAUGUUGAUCUUGUACGUUAUCUCAGACUCUGCUGGUUGCUUUAGCUAAACCCUGUUUCCUUGCAUAUUUAAGUAUCAAUAUUCCAAUGAUCAUGGACAGCCUAGUGAGAAAUGUACCAAGAUGAGAUGCUAGAAUGUCCCUUGAGUGUUUAGAACUUUUCUCAUUAAAUUUAUGUAGAAUGUAAUAUCCGGAUCCGUUUUUUUUUUUUGAAUGGAUGAGCAGGAAAUGAGACUUUUUAUGGACAUGUGACUUCUAUUUGGUGAAAGUGACUGAGAAUGUGAGCGCAUGAUCUCAAGGGAGGUUUGUAACUGCAUGAUCUCUGUUGGACCCUGCAAUUUAGAUAUGAUGGCUACACUAGUACACUUGCAAUUAAAUCAGGCAACACUCUCUGGUACAUGGCGUCUCUUCAAAGAAGAGCUAUAAUUCUGUUUCUCAAAUAACAGACCAUUUUCUA